AUGGUAUCCUGGACGCCUGGAAAAGCCGAAGUCGCGGUUGGCAAGUUUAUGCACCUGUUUGCCAGUCUCUUGACCCUCGUGGUCGGACUUGUUCAUCUUUCGAAACGGAAGCCUCGCAUCCACUGGCCUGACAGCGGUUUUAUCACCGACAACAACAUAUAUUGGAGGUACCAGAUGUUCAGCUUUGCGCCAAGUGUUUUUAUCGACAACUGGACGGCUGUUGUCCUCGGUGGUUGGGGCAUCAUGUCCCAUCUCCAGGUAUCGGGGCGCUUUCUUGGCGCACCCGCCAAGAGUUUCAUCACGGCCAGCAUCUUCCUCAUCUUUAUGGGGUUGUUUGGUACUUUGGCGUAUGCCGGAGGAUUGGGAAUAAUCUUCUCGAUUUUCACGUUUUUGGCCGCUGUCAUUGCAUUGGUUUUGGCGUUCACCAACAACCAGUCCGCAUCCCUGGAGAUCCACUGA